GUAAAGGUUGUGUGUCAGUCAGUUUCUGUGCAGAAAGUGGAACAUGCUGGCUGUCAGGGCAUGGGGAAGAACAUAUAAUACCUUAGUCCAGCGGAAACUAAACGCUGCCUGUCCCACUGGCGCCCUGCCAGCUGUCACACUGCGGCCCUUGCACUGCUCUUUAGUUGCCAGAUCCCCGGAACAGAGCCUGAAGGACAGCAAGACGUUUGAUCCUACCCUCUUGCAAUUCCUGGUCUGCCCUCUCUCAAGGAAAUCGCUGAGAUAUGAAGAAUCUACCAAUGAGUUAAUUAAUGACGAGCUGGGUAUAGCUUACCCAAUUGUUGAUGGCAUCCCAAAUAUGAUACCACAGGAUGCCCGCAUGAUUCAUAAAGAUCAGAAGCCUGAGAGCCCAGACACAGAGCAGACAACAUAGUUUUUUGGAUUUGUUCCUGCAAACAAUAAAGAAGCCAUGUUUUUCUCCCUCCCUGUGCUGACUGUGCUCAUUCCUCUGGUGUCUUUGACAGGGUUAUUAUACUCUGCCUCAGUGGAAGAGGAUUUCCCAAAUGGAUGCACCAGUACAGCAAGCUUGUGUUUUUACAGCCUUCUGCUUCCCAUCACUUUGCCUGUCUAUGUGUUUUUUCAUUUGUGGACUUGGAUGGGACUCAAGCUCUUUAGGCACAAUUAAUGCAUAAAUGAACAGAAAAUAUCUCAUUCAUCCUUCUGCUUUCAGAUAAGAUAUGGAGAACAUGUUUUCAGAUUGGUCGGUUACAGCUUUGCAUAGAAAUAUUAACAUUUAAUAGAAAUAAAAUGAAUGUAAUUGUUUUGAUUUUUGUACUUUCCUUUCUAUUUGAGCUCCUUUAAAGACUCUAUUCCUAAAGGUACACUUACCUGGGUGCUGCCCCAUUUGUAAGUUAAUAGGAGCUGCUCUCUGGCAGCUUAUGUGCUUAACAAUAAAAUUGAAAGCAAAAAAUGCA